AUGUGCAACAUUAUUCUCUCCAUUCUCACCACCUUAGGUUUAGCAGCUCUUAUUGUUUGGUUAAUCUUUCGUCCGAUAAACCCAUUGAAAUAUCACGUUGAUAAUGCUUCGCUUAUUCAAUUCAAUGUUACCGGUAAUGACAUGCUGCAUUACGAACUUGCGAUAGAUUUGAGUUUAAGAAACCCGAAUACUAGAAUCGGUGUUUAUUACGAUCAGAUUGAAGCUAGAGCGUUUUACGACGGUCAGAGAUUCGAUUCGGUUAUGUUAACACCCUUCUAUCAAGGACAUAAGAAUACGACUAUUCUUCAUCCGGUUUUCAAAGGGCAAAAACUUUUACCAAAUGUACAAGGUGCAUAUGAUAAAGAUGGGAGUGAUGGGAAAUUCAAUAUUGAAGUUAAACUCUAUAUUAAGAUGAGAUAUAAAGCUGGUGAUGUUGAGACUAUCAGGGUCCAUCCGGGGUAUAAAUGUGAGCUUGAAGUUCCUUUGGGUUCUGCAUCUGGCUUCACUCCUCAAAAGUGCACCUUCGGUUAUUGA